AUGUUUGCUGAGGAUGAGCGAGAACGUCUGGGCCUGAUACACCACUAUACUCUUCACACUACUAAAAGCAUUUCAGAUCUCACUGAAGCAGAAGCUUUUCCUUUCUGGGGUAAAUGGGCCGUCGAGCUGGUGUUUACCAAUGACUUUCUGCACGGAAUUAUCAAUGUCAGCGCCUUGCAUCCUGCCCUAAUUGGCUUCUCGCCCCAGAAAAACACCAUCCUAGCCACCCAUCACCAUGACAUAGGCGUCGGCCUGUUCCGGCCCCAUCCAGCUCAUCUCACAAUGCAAAGCCAGGACCCGGCAUUCGCAUUCACAUGCAUCAUCGUAUAUGCGCUUGGUAUCCAGCAGUUAUCAGAGUCAAUCCGCGGCCCUAUUUCCAAAAUCUUGAAGCUGCUCUUGACUGGAAUGGCUAUAUUUCAUGGGCUGAUACAGAGAGAGCCAGCCAAAUAG